UGGCAGCGUUUAGCCCACUACCUACAGAGCCCGGAAUCCGAUGAAUCCAUGGCAGUGAUGGCAUAUAUACCGUCAACUAUGGGAGGCUUGCGUUUGCCAACGAGAGCUUAGUCGACUUCUCGCGCCGACAUCUCACCCACCCUGCCACUGCCUCCUUCUCUCGCCUUCUCUCUAUCUAUAUUCUGCGAUAGAUCCGCACCUGUGAGAGCCAACUGCACAAUGGGCUCCUUCAUCAACCCUCCUCCCACUGGACCUACUAGCGAGUUCUCACAAAAUCCCAUAUAUCCCGUCGGCACCUCGCAGACGGUGAAGUGGUCAACAUCUUGGGAAUACAUCUCUCUUGUUUUAUAUCAAGACAGCAAUUCAAGCUUUCAGUACCUUCCCGGAUCGGAGAAUAUCACAGCUUCACAGAUUCGAUGGACUACAUCUGUCGAUGGUCUAUUCGACCCCCUUCAAGGAAAUGUCUUUUUCUUUGCCGUCUUCAAGUCCGGCAGCGGAAGGGACUAUUUCGGAAGCCACUACUUCAACAUCACCAACGACCGAGUCAACCCACAAGGUGAACCCAUCACUUCGCCCACUUCUACCUCUUCGGCAGCCAGCAUCCCACCCACUUCUUCUACCUUUUCCACCGCCACCACCGGUGGAAGGGAGACGGUGACUCUGGCUCCAACUCCGGCUCCGUCAGCAGAUUCGAGCUCAGAUACCAAAGUUGGGGUGGGUGUUGGACUUGGUGUGGGCAUUCUCGUUGUCGUUGCCGUGGGCCUGGUCGUCUGGUAUUUCCUCCGUAGGCACAAUCAAGGGAACACUUGUAAUAAUGUGUCAAACCCUCAGGCCGCCUCUUGGAAGUGUGGUGAUUUUGCUGAGGACUCCAAUCAUCCCAAUCCGUUGCAACGACAGCUCUUCCUCUCAGUGCCUCCACAGGAAUUAUCUACCUAAGAUGUGUUAACGGAGUAAUUAUUGUUUAUUGGUUGCCAAGAUCUAGGACCAGGUAUAUGGAACUCGACUU